GUCUGCUGACACAGUGAGCAAGCACAGAGGCAGUGACAUAAUCCUCACAGCCGCACCGCCACCCGACCAGGGGAUCACUCCUCCUCUCAUCUCAUACCCAAGUGAAUUACUACCACACGGAUUCUUCCUCUCCUCUAUCUGGAAUUUGUACACUCCUCAUUGCGCGCACGGGAGCGUUUACCGAGCUUCCAAUCGGAUUCCUUACAUCUUCUAAAGACUCGCACUUUGUGGGAUAUUUUUGAAAGAGAAGAUGCCUGCCGAUAUGAUGGAAAAGACGUCCUCUUCGCCUGUUGCUGCGACUCCAGCAAGCAUGAACACCACUCCAGAUAAACCCAAGACGGCAUCGGAGCACAGAAAGUCAUCCAAACCAAUAAUGGAGAAGAGAAGAAGAGCCAGAAUCAACGAAAGCCUGGGACAGUUGAAAACGCUUAUUUUGGAUGCGCUCAAGAAAGAUAGCUCCAGACAUUCAAAACUUGAGAAAGCCGAUAUCCUGGAAAUGACAGUGAAGCAUCUCCGAAAUAUGCAGCGGGCGCAGAUGACCGCAGCCUUGAACACAGAUCCUUCUGUGCUGGGAAAGUACAGAGCUGGAUUCAGCGAAUGUAUGAACGAAGUCACCCGAUUCCUGUCCACCUGCGAGGGCGUCAACACUGAAGUCAGGACCCGGCUCCUGGGUCACUUGGCCAGCUGCAUGACGCAGAUCAACGCCAUGAACUACCCCACGCAGCACCAGAUCCCCGCCGGCCCUCCACAUCCGUCUUUCGGCCAGCCCAUGGUCCAGAUCCCCAGCGCUUCUCCUCAGGCCAACGGGUUACCCAUCACCGGCGCGCCCUGCAAAAGUGCCUCCACCGCUGGUUUAUCACCAGAAGCCACAAAAGUUUAUGGAGGCUUCCAACUUGUACCCACCACAGACGGACAAUUCGCCUUUCUCAUCCCCAAUGCAGCCUUUGCGCCAUCGAAUGGACCCGUAAUUCCCGUUUACAACAACGCCAGCACACCCGUUCCUGCGGCGGUGUCGCCCGGUGCACCUUCAGUUACCUCGGACUCAGUGUGGAGGCCCUGGUAGAUGCUGGCACCUAACAGACUUUUCUUACAGACUAUUUGACACUUGCUUCUUAUGUUUCACGUUACUUUUUUGUAUCCAUUUUGUUUUGUUUGUUAAAAGAGAUUAUGCACUAUAUUUGUAUAGAUUAUGAGGAGAAGUUCAUAUUGAAAUGAGAUUUCGUAUCAUGGAUUGUGUCUUUAUUGCAUUUGGUUUUGUAUUUGCGGUGUCUUUUCUACCACCUGAUGCCAAAGAUAUGAUGAAUGCUCACAUGCGUUUCUUCUUUUUGGAAGACAAAUAAAUUUGUUCGAAAAAUA